GAGUGGGAAUGAGGCUUCUCUCUUUCUAAGAGCAUUAACUCUAGAGUGUUCUGGUGGUGACAGGACUGUCAGGGUCAGAUGGCCGCUCAGCCUGAUUAGACCAGCUCACGGCAGAUCCUCAGCCCAGCGCAUUGCCCUGCUAGAGGACAGGAGCUACACAUUGGCACAUGCAGUUCAUCGAAGUGAUUACUAAACAGCCCGGGAAGAACACAGAGAUGUGGAUAGUUUAAUGUUCGAGUAGGACAGAUCCACAGGUUUCUGCAGAAAGAUUCCCCUUUUCUGCUGUUGGACCAAUACAUCUUCCAGCAACUUGUUGCAAGAAAAACAACUAAAAGCAGGUGGAUUUUUACUGCGGCAGAGAGCCAGAAGAAGUAAAAAUCUAUUCAAAGCCUGGAGGAGAUACCAGAGAGCUAAGUGAACUGCUGGUUGAUGGAGUUUGUGCGGCAGAGCGGUGACUACUGCCACGCUCAACACAUUUAGAGCCGGUCUGGGAGGAUGCUGCGCCUAGCCCUUCUCAGUCCAUGAACCCUGAAAGACCACACAACCUUACCAUCUAAACCUUCCAGCCCAUGGGGUAACAAGUGGAGCCUCGAAAUCAACCGCUAACAGGAAAGAAAAGGAAAGAGAAAGAGACUGAGAGAGACAAAGAAAGACAAUCAAAGAGAUAAAACCAGAGCUGACACAUUUUAGCCUCUUGGACUAUAGGGGCCAAUCAGCAGGUGGGAUAACAAUCCAGAGAACACCUCAGAACUGCUAAAACACAUUCAAUCAUUAGAAACUAACACGAAGUCCACACUCACCUGGAGCUCAAAAUUAAACUGAAGACACAACAGCUAUCUCCUACAGCUGGAGCUAAAGAUUUAUGUCAACCUAUAAAGGUCAAAGGGUUUCCUGUGGUGUCAAAGUGUACACUCGCCACCAUGAACCGUCCAGCUCCAGUGGAACUGUGCCACAAGAAUAUGAGAUUCCUCAUAACACACAACCCUACAGACAGCACACUCAGUUCCUUCAAAGAGGACUUAAACCAAUAUGGCGUCACAACUGUGGUGAGAGUUUGUGACAUCACCUAUGACAAAACUACACUCGAGAAAGAUGGCAUUACAGUACAUGAUUGGCCGUUUGACGAUGGAGCGCCCCCACCCAGCAAGCUUGUUGAGGAUUGGCUGAAUCUUCUGAGGAAGAAGUUUCAGGAAGAUCCAGGAAGUUGUGUGGCAGUUCACUGUGUGGCUGGACUGGGAAGGGCCCCUGUGCUGGUUGCUUUGGCUCUAAUAGAAAGCGGAAUGAAGUAUGAGGAUGCCAUUCAACUCAUCAGACAGAAGCGGCGCGGAGCCAUCAACAGUAAACAGCUAACUUACCUGGAGAAAUAUCGAUCAAAGCAAAGACUCCGUUUCAAAGACUCUAAUACACGCAAGAACAAGUGUUGCACUAUGUGAAAAUACUAAAGUUCACACAGAUGACCUAAAUCAGACAUUUUCUACGCCCCAACAAGUGUCUUCUUGUUGUCACUAAACUGAAAUGCAAGGACCUCUUUUUUUUAAAUCAACUUAAACUUAUCUUUCUUUACCUAUGAUAAUAAUUCCAUUGGUAUUGGGUUUAUCACAUAGGUUAGUGUGAACAGAGGUGGACAAAAUAGGUAAAGAUGAGAAAAAACUCAUACUAAACUUUAGUCAUAAUGUAGUUGAUUGUUGUUGCUGGUAGAUAGUUUGAGAAAGGACACAAAGUUGGCUGAGGACAGUGUUGAGUUGUAUCAGUCACAUUCAGAUGUGGGAUCUGUGGAUGUAAUUUCUUAUGGCUGCUGAUUAGUCUUCAACACCUCUAUCCGGAUCUAACCUCAUCAUUUACCCUAUUUAAUGUAUCAAUGUAAGUAUCUCCUUUUAUGGCAUGAAAACAGUUUUGACAGACUCAAGUUAAAGCAACUGCUAAGUUUAGAUUUGAGACUAUUUUGAUUUGAAAAGUUUGAGUUUUGGGGCCGAUUCUUAUGAAUAUGCAGUCUGGGUCACACUUUCUGACACAUUUUUGGGUGGAGUUUACGUCUUCCCUGAAUGAUGCAUGUACACAACUGCUUCUUACUCUUCAUUUAUAAAUGACAAUUUCCUGCUGAUGAGAGGACAUGCACCUUUUGUAUUUAAGUAGGCUGCUUACUCAUCUCCUCUAGAAAAACAUCCUGAACAACAAGUUGUGAUGAAACAUAUAAGGGAAGCAGAUUAAGUGAAGACAAACGAGACAGUUUGGCUAUAUCAUGUGUAUGCAUGUGUUUGAGUGUGUCUGUGUGUAUUGGUAGACUUUAGAUACUGUUUAAUAUUGGCACUGGGCUUAACUGACACUUUUUUAUGUAAAAAAAAAAAGCUGUUACAGUUUGUAUGUCUGUACAUUUCUGCAUUGUCUAAUAAAAGAUUUUGUCUUCA